AUGGCUUUCUUCAGAAACAUCCACUCCAGCCUCGACUCGGAGGCUGUCCUCACUUUCCAAACAGACAGACAUAGCAGCAAGAGAAUUGUGGUUGCCUAUGGUACUUCCAUACUUCCUCAACAAACCGGAUUGCCCUCCCUCAUGGAAGUUGUUACCAAAAAUCAUGUGGAAGAGUUUUCCAAGAGCUGUGACAACAGUUUAGAAGGGAAGUGUGGAUCAAGAUGGAAUGCUCUUACCUGGGUAGUGAUGGAAUGGUACAUUCCACAUGGAUUCCAUGGAUCAUUCCAGGUGGAUUCCAUUGGAUUCCGUGGACCGUCCAGCUAG